AUGUGUACACUCGCGCUGCCUGCGCCUCCCGUUCCUCCCGACGCGCGGCAAGGGGAGGGCUCAGCUUGGCUGCUUCCGGGGCAAGGGAGCUCAGGGAGCGCCGCGGGGUCCCGGCUUCCACCACCGGAACCCAAAGCUCGGAGCUCUGCUAGGAACGUGGGUUCGAUCAGCAACGCCUGGGAGAUCUGCUUCCGGCGUGGGAGUAUGUGGCCCCUGUGCAGUGCACUCCGGGCCCGGGCCCUAGCCCAGGCCUUGGCGCGGUCACGCGGAGGUCAGGCCUACAGCGGGAACGGGCCUGUCCCUUACACGCAGGGCCAGAGCCCAGAGCCCCGGACCCGCGAGUACUUCUAUUACGUGGAUCACCAGGGCCAGCUUUUCCUGGAUGAUUCCAAAAUGAAGAACUUCAUCACCUGCUUCAAAGACCUGCAGUUCCUGGCUACUUUCUUCUCCCGUCUGAGACCCAACCGCAGUGGACGCUACGAGGCCUCCUUCCCUUUCCUUUCGCUUUGUGGCAGAGAGCGGAAUUUCCUGCGCUGUGAGGACCGGCCCGUGGUUUUCACGCACCUGCUGAUCACCGACAGCGGGCCCUCGCGCCUCUCCUACUGCGGCGGUGGCGAGUCCCUGACCGUACCCUUCGAGCCGGCGCGCCUGCUGCCCCUGGCGGCCAACGGGCGCCUGUACCACCCUGCUCCAGAGCGCGUGGGCGGCGUGGGCCUGGUGCGCUCCGCCCUCGCCUUCGAGCUCAGCGCCUGCUUUGAGUACGGGCCAGGCUCGCCCACCGUGCCCUCGCAUGUGCGCUGGCAAGGCAGACGCCUUGCCCUCACUAUGGACCUGGCUCCGCUGCUACCUGCUUCCUCUCCGCCCUGAGCCGCGGGCUGGGGCGGUGCUGUAUGAGCGACCCCAGCAUCCCCUGGCCGACAAGCUAGGUUAGCGCUGUCCAAGGUGCUGUCGCGACAUUAGCUAUCUGUGGGUCUCUACCGCCUCUCCUCUAACACCGGCCGGGCGUUCUGCCGAUUGGCCCGCGCUCGCGACGUCAGUCCCCGUGCAGCGGGCGCAACCUGCACGGGUGCCUGUGCGCGUGCGCGCCCCGUCCCCCUCCCCCGCCGCUUCUCCAGCCCGUCUGCCACGGGCACAGCAGGGAGUCGCCGCCGGAGUGUCAGGUGAGGGGGCGUUUUGCCCAAGGUCACCGGGCCUGGGGGCGGAAUCCGGGACCAUCUGGGAAACCAGCAUAUCAAAAAGGGUGUGUGACCUGGCAGCGGGGAGGGGCCGGAGACCACGCCUUCCAUGAGCACAGCCUGGGACACUCUGGAGCUGGUUAGGGGAGGUCCUGUGCACUCACCACACCAGAUCCCAAGGGCCAACGGGAGGCCUCAGUUUGAGUCUCACGCAGCGCCCAAGGUAGAAUACAGGGUUCCCUUCCCCGCUCCUGCCCAGGGAUUUGUGCCCUGAUAAAAGGAUUUCUGGGUUCAUGUAGCCUGUAGCCAACACCCCUGCUAUGGUGGUCUCACAAUGGUGUACAUCUGGGCAUUUGCAUGAACAGCAUCUCAAGCCAUUAGGUGGAGAUCAAGGCUUUGCCACUGUAUGUUGGAUGAUGAGCAAGGGCUGGAGCCAGGGGCCAGCCCUUUGUACUCAGGGAAGUUAGACCCAAUGGCCCAGAGAAUACCCCCGGCUUCAUGGGGGCUCUACCCAUUCUGAGACCCCUGGGAACUGCCUGUACCUGGCCAAAGCUAUUUCAUUAAAAUUUUAUUGUUGUGUUGCCUCA